GGGGCUUACUGAGUUCAUGAGAAUGUAUGAGGGUGAGAGAGCGUUGAGAAGAGCAAAGCGCGAACGAGAGAUUUGUACAUUUGGAGCCGUUCCCUUCGAUUGUCGCCUACGGACGUCGAUUGAUAAACGUUUUCAUCUGAAACGAGAAGACAGCGAAGCAUGUCUACCAACGCAGAGGGAGAAAAGUAGUCCAUAUUGCGCGCUAUUCGUACAAGGGUGUCAGUCAAUGUGUAGUGGGCCACUCCAAGGCAGACACACUCCUCCUAUGUGUCCUUGUCCAGUCCUUGUGUGAUCUGAUCUGGGACCAGUGGGAUAAAUGAGUGGCCUGGCUGAGGGUCGCAGCGUUGGCACACACCACAAAGCCUACACAGUAGGAUGUCGUGGGUCCGAGGCUUCUUCGUAGCCAAAGUGGACGAACGAAAGACCGCGUGGGGGGAGCGCAAUGGCAGAAAGUCCAACAAGCGGAAGAACGGUUGCUCAGGGUCAUCUCUCUGCAAGCCCCGCUGCAUGAGCUGCCUGCGGGACGCUGAGGACCUGGACCCCACCCCUCCCACCCCCCAGCACUACCACCGUGGAGGAGGGGGGUCCGGCCCCAGCGGAGGGGGUAACUUUGGGAUGCGCUGUGGCUGGCAGGAGGACCACUAUGGGAAACGGACCGGGGCAGCGGGAGACCUGGGUUUGAAGGCCGUGGAUCUGGGGUUCGACGACGGAGACCUGACGGGGAGGAAAGGUCCAGGGGGGGAGGAUUUGGGGGAAGGAACAGGGGAGGACGGAGGAGCAUGCAAAGCCUUCACAGCCGCGGAGUGCUGGAUGCGCGUCGUACGAGUGUUCCAGUCCAAGAAAUUCACGUCGGCGAAACUGGAACGUCUGUACCAGCGCUACUUCUUCAGGCUCAACCAGAGCUCUCUGACUAUGCUGAUGGGUGUCCUUGUCAUAGUCUGCGGCGUCAUGCUAGCCUUCCACUGUGUCCACGCUCCACCUGACGUAGCCUACGCCUCGGUGCUCUCCGUGGCCAUGGCCCUCUUCCUGUCCAUGAUGGUGGUGUGUAACAGGAACGGCUUCCACCAGGACUACAUGUGGAUCGUCAGCUACUUGGUGAUCGGGGUGCUGCUGGUGGUCCAGGUGUUCGGGGUGUUGAUGGUUGCCCCCCGAAGCGCCUCCGAGGGGAUCUGGUGGUCCGUGUUCUUUAUAUACAUAAUCUAUACGCUGUUGCCAGUGAGGAUGAGAGCUGCAGUGCUGAGUGGAGGGGUACUGUCUACCAUACACCUCAUCACCGCAUGGCAACUCAACCAGGAUGAUGUUUUCCUAUGGAAACAGCUGAGUGCCAACGUGUUGAUCUUCCUGUGCACCAACAUGAUAGGUAUCUGUACCCACUACCCUGCCGAGGUAUCUCAGAGACAGGCCUUUCAGGAGACCAGGGGGUAUAUCCAGGCCCGGCUCUACCUACAGAGAGAGAAUCAGCAACAGGAGCGCCUGUUGCUGUCGGUGCUGCCGAGGCACGUUGCCAUGGAGAUGAAGGCAGAUAUCAACGCCAAGAAGGAAGAUAUGAUGUUCCACAAGAUCUACAUCCAGAAACAUGACAACGUCAGUAUACUGUUUGCAGACAUCGAAGGAUUCACCAGCCUGGCAUCACAAUGCACCGCACAAGAGUUGGUCAUGACACUGAAUGAACUUUUCGCUCGCUUCGACAAACUAGCUUCGGAGAACCACUGUCUGAGGAUCAAGAUCCUUGGAGACUGCUACUACUGUGUGUCUGGACUGCCUGAACCCAGGGCCGACCAUGCACACUGCUGUGUGGAGAUGGGAGUGGACAUGAUAGAGGCCAUCUCGCUGGUGAGAGAGGUCACAGGGGUCAAUGUGAACAUGCGUGUGGGUAUCCAUAGCGGCCGGGUCCACUGUGGGGUGCUGGGACUCAGGAAGUGGCAGUUUGACGUAUGGUCCAACGAUGUCACUCUAGCCAAUCACAUGGAGGCAGGGGGUGCGGCAGGGCGUAUCCACAUCACCAAGGCCACCCUACAGUACCUGAAUGGGGACUAUGAGGUGGAGCCAGGGUUCGGAGGGGACAGGAACGCCUAUCUGAAGGAGAACAACAUCGAGACAUUCCUGGUGCUGGGGUGCAGCCAGAAAAGGAAAGAGGAGAAGGCAGCGAUGGCCAAGAGUGCCAUGAUGCAGCGGGCACGUGCCAACUCCACUGAGGGCCUGAUGCCACGCUGGGUACCCGACACAAGGUUCUCCAGGACCAAGGACUCCAAAGUCUUCAGGCAGAUGGGUAUCGAUGAAACAUCCAGACAAGACAACCGCUGUGCCCAAGAGGCCUUGAACCCUGAGGAUGAGGUGGAUGAGUUUCUGGGCCGAGCCAUCGACGCCCGCAGCAUAGACCAACUCCGUAAAGACCACGUCAAGAAGUUCCUCCUCACCUUCCAGACUAAAGACCUGGAGAAGAAGUACUCUAAGAAGGUGGAUGAUCGUUUUGGAGGCUACGUGGCCUGUGGUCUGUUAGUCUUCUGUUUCAUCUGUUUCAUCCAGAUUAUCAUCUUCCCCCACACUCCUCUGAUGCUGGGUCUUUACAUCAGCAUCUUCAUCAUCCUCGUCAACAUCCUCUUCAUCUGUGCCAUCUACUCCUGCAUCAAGCUCUUCCCGGCUGCAUUGCAGACGGUGACUAAGAAGAUCGUCCAGUCUCGUACCAAUAGUACCCUGGUGGGGGUCCUCACCAUCAUACUCCUCUUCAUGUCUGCCUUCGUUAACAUGUUUACCUGUGACAGAGAGGGCCUGGUGGACUGUGUGGUGCGUGAGCGUAACCUGUCCUCCAGUUUGGUGACUCUGUGUCUACUACACAACCUGACACAGUCGGCACAGGACGGACUGACCCUGUGCCCCAGCCAGCCCAUGCCAUGCCACUUCCCUGAGUAUUUCUGCUACAGUGUUCUCCUGACCCUGCUGGCCUGCAGUGUGUUCCUCCACAUCAGCAGUAUAGGCAAGCUGGCCCUUAUGGUGCUGAUCCAGGUCACCUUCCUGCUGCUCGUGGAGUGGCCCCAGGUGGCCCUGUUCGACAACGCAGAUCUGCUGCUCACCGCCAACACCCUCUCUUUCACACCAUUGAAUGACUCUCUAGAUUGGUUUCCUAGUUUCAAUGAAACAGUUACAGAGACGUGCCAGGAGAGUGUGACCAAGGUGUCUCUAAAGGUCAUGACCCCUGUCAUCCUGACGGUGUUCGUCCUGGCUCUGUACCUACACGCUCAGCAGGUUGAGUCCACUGCACGCCUCGACUUCCUGUGGAAGCUGCAGGCUACAGAGGAGAAAGAGGAGAUGGAGGAGCUUCAGGCCUACAACCGCCGCCUCCUCCACAACAUCCUGCCUAAAGACGUGGCCGCCCACUUCCUGGCGCGGGAGCGGCGUAACGACGAGCUCUACUACCAGUCCUGUGAGUGUGUGGCCGUCAUGUUCGCCUCCAUCUCCAACUUCUCUGAGUUCUACGUGGAGCUGGAGGCCAACAACGAGGGAGUGGAGUGUCUCAGGCUGCUCAACGAGAUCAUCGCCGACUUUGACGAGAUCAUCAGUGAGGACAACUUCCGUCAACUGGAAAAGAUAAAGACCAUCGGUAGUACCUACAUGGCUGCCUCUGGCCUCAACGACUCUACCUACGACCGUGAGGGACGAUCACACAUCCUGGCUCUGGCAGACUAUGCUAUGAGACUCAGGGAACAGAUGAAGUACAUCAACGAACACUCCUUCAAUAACUUCCAGAUGAAGAUAGGUCUCAACAUGGGUCCGGUGGUGGCAGGGGUGAUCGGGGCUAAGAAGCCCCAGUAUGACAUCUGGGGGAACACUGUCAACGUGGCCAGUCGUAUGGACAGCACAGGAGUCCCAGACUGCAUACAAGUGACCACAGACCUGUACCAUGUCCUGGUAAACAAAGGUUACCAGCUCGACCACAGAGGCCUGGUCAAGGUGAAGGGAAAAGGAGAGAUGACCACCUACUUCCUGACCAGCGGUCCCAAUGGUACCCAGGGCAGUUAACAGACGGUCACGGGACUACCGCUGGCUGCUAAUACAUGAAGAGGAGAGAGAGGGAGAGAGAGCGGGAGAGGGGGGAGUGAGUGUGUGAUAAAAGAGAGCGAGAGGAGGGAGAGAGAUGAGAAAAAAAGAAACAGUUCAAAGCCCUGAAGGAAAUGUGUGUGUGUGUGUGUGUGUGUGUGUGUGUGUGUGUGUGCAAUCAUGUAUUCUUAUGCACACUACUUUAGGUUUGGGUCUCAAAUGGCUUCCUGUAUAAGCCCAGGGCCCUGGUUAAAAUUAGUGCACUGUAUAGGGAAUACGGUGCCAUAUGGGACGCAAACCAGGAAUUUUGUUCUCACUUCAAGGCUUUUGACACGAAGCUACUUGAAAGAUAUAAUGAACGAAUUAUAGUGAAGACCUAUUGCCUUAGAAGGAAAUUACUGAACAAAAGGCUAUAUUUGUUUUGUUGUGAGCUACACAGCAAAUACUUCACAUCCGGCGCUAUUAUUUAUUUUUCACUGAAAUGGAUGGAUUUUUUUGUUGUCAUGACGACCUUGUAACAAAAACUACAUAUGUAUUAUAUGAAAUAUUCAAGGAUAAGAGGAUGAGAAGGAUGACAAUGACCAAAGAACAAAUGUUUAAUUAUGAGGGACUGACGCUACACGCAUCAACCAAUUUCUGUUUGAAAUGACUGCAGAAGGAACAACUGACAUGACAGCGGAUUGAACAACUGCAAACCUGUUGUUUUUUCAGCUUUUUCUUUCUUGUCACUUUUGACAACAAGGGCCACGGAAAACAACGUCAUUGUCUUUGAUAGUGGCGAACACAUUAUUGUUUUUGACUUUGAUGUGCUUGCAAAUAUGAAAAGGAGAGCUGAGAAAUCGUGUCUUUGAUUGUGCACUGUGAACGAAGAGAGACCACACACACACGCAGAGCAGCCUUGGAUUGGAUUUCGGUGUUCCUUUCAGGGCCUCUAUUGUGUGCAGGCUAAUUCUAACCCACAUAAGGUUGUGGUUUCAUUUUUCUAUGUAUCAUCAAUGACAUUCCCUCUCUAGAUGUAUUUUUGGGGUACAAGCCAAAACAGAAACUUUAGUGACGGACAAACAAACAACUGCAUUGCUACCACGGUACCGGAAUGAGUGUUUUCAUUGCUGUGAGAUGUUUUAUAUGAAAUAAGUGUGUGCGUGUGAGGCUAAGUGUAUGCUGUUCUUUAUCUUUAAAGGGGCAUAAUUUUUCACUGUGAGGUUUUUAAGGAUUCUGUAUGACAAGUGGGGGUGCGUCCAAAAUGACACCCUAUUCCCUGUGUAGUGCGCUACAUGGGGAAUAGGGUGCCAUUUUGGACCGCACAUGUGCCAAAUUGAUGCUGCAAGGCUUAUGCGUGUCAUUUUUAUAUCUUAUGCUUUGGAGUUGUGUGUUCAUUCCUGAUUGAUGUUUGUUGAUUUUGUUUAUAUCACCUUUACUUCAUGCCGUUUAUUUUGUCUGUGAUUAUGAUCACAAUUCCAUUCCAACCCUUAAUGUCUAAAAGCCCACAAAUUGAUUUUGGAUUGUGUUUAAAGGAGGUGGUUAUCUACACACGCUGGGCCUAUAGCCUACAGUGCAAUGUUACAUGUACAGGAGAAUACACAAAAGUUACCUGGCAUGAACACUAGCUGUUAACUUGAAAUAAGAGGUACAUAUAAUGGUAGUAUCUGUACUCUAUAGUAUUUGACACCAUCAGAUAGUAUUGGUAUUUAGUACAUAGAAGCUCUUUACCCCCCCAAAGGAGUAGUUGAAACUCAUCUUAUGAAUGUACAAAAAUAUACUGUAUGUCUAUGGUGAAACUACUACUACUUACUAUUUUUGUGGUACAAACAUCAUCUGGCUUGUAUUGAAAGAAAUUCCCAGAAAACUAGUUUUAAUGGUGCCAAUACAUGCUCCCAGGGCAGGACAGGGACGUGGAAAGAGCUACUUCUGUAUUAUGGGAAGUACUAUUGCUAUUGAAUAGAAAUGAAGGUUAAUUCCCUUGAUCCCACUUAUCCCGCCAAUACUGAGGCUCACUGUACUGUACAAGGGAGUAGGUUACAGUAUGUAGGCUCUACCGUGGUGACUUGUGGCCUCUGUCUAUCUAUCUUCUUCCUCGACCUAUGUCAUGUUCAUUAGGAACGGAAGAAAAUAAGUGAAACAGGGAGGUGCUACAGUACCUGAACUUGUCAAAUGCGAAAUGGCUUGUUUAGGUUUUUCGUGGCAAAACGGAUUCCUACUGUGAACACAAGCCUAAUGAACACGAGCCUGCUGAUCCUGAGCAACCUGUGUGUAGGAAGGAAUGGAUCUCGGAUUGAAGUUGUUUUGUUCCCACUUUUUUCUUUUUUCCCCCCCAUCCUUUUCCCAUUAGUUUCUUACUGUAUUUGAGUUGAAAGGCCAACAAAAUACUGUUUGUUUGUUUUUCCAUUCCAAAAAUAACAAUAUAGCAGAAUUGAAGAAAUUAAAUGGUUUGAUUUCCCCUUAAAACGAAAUCAAUACAUUACUGUUUUGUGUUAUUGAUGAUCAUUUAUUUAUUAUUAUGUUACUAUUCAGUGUCUUCCCCUAAUCAAUGUGCAAUCUAGGCCUGUGUGUUUUUCUGCUGUUUUAUUGCAAUGCACAUUUUAUUAAAAUAAUACGUUGGAUAA